AGCCCCCACUGAGCGUGCGCACACCCAGCUGCUGCAGCCCUGUGGGCUGCGGAGCCCGACUUGGUCCCGAAGCGGAAGUGCUUCUUAGGGCCAGGUCUUGUACUGGUCUCCUCUGCAGUGAGCAGAAAAUCUAUUGUCGAGAGGCACAGUGACCUGCGCUAAGGGUUCAUACGCACUCCUCAGGUCCCUCCUUAGGCGCGCCCCACCUCUCCCUGUGCCCCUCUCCCCUUGCCCACGCCCCCAGGUAGGGGCCUGGUGUGAAUGCUCCAGCCGAAGUGAAUCUGCACCCGAAGGCUUCCUUCUGGCUCCUGGGCAAGCCGGCCCCAGUGAGCUCGGGCUUCGCACAUCUCUGCCUUUUCCCAAGAAGAGCAGGAAAUGGCCAAACCCCAGGGACACGUGACAUUCGAGGAUGUGGUUGUGGAUUUCACCCCAGAGGAGUGGCAGUACCUGAACCCUCCACAGAAGACUCUGUACAGAGAAGUGAUGCUGGAGACCUACAGCAGCCUGGUCUCUGUGGCAGGGCCACAGGUGACGAAACCAGACCUCAUCCUCAAAUUGGAGGUAGAAGAGCCAUGCCUAGCAGAAACAAAAAUCUCCUUUUGGAGCUUUCCAGAAGCAGCCUGUCAAAUUGAUGAACAGAUUGAGAGACAGCACCAGGAUGACCAAGACAGAUAUCUGUUGAUGCAAGCUGGAUUCCCUGACAAGAAAACAAUUCUCACCAAGACUGGCCAUGACUAUAAUGAAUUUGGAAAUGCACUUCCUCUGAAUUCAAACCUUGUUGCUUCAAUACAAAGGUCCCAUAAACAUGAGCCAUUUGGAAAUAUGGUAGAUAGUUUAGACUUAUUUACCAGAAGCUCUGUAGGAAAGAAACAUGAUAAUGGAUGUGCAAAAUUAUUCUUCCAUACGGAGUAUGAGAAAACAACUCCUGGAGUGAAGCCCCACGGAUAUAAAGAGUGUGGGAAGGCCCUCAGGCGGAAGAAAGGGCUUAGUCUACAAGAGAGAAUUAAAAAUGGAGAGAAACCCUUCGAAUGCACCGCGUGUAGGAAAACCUUCAGCAAGAAGUCACACCUCAUUGUACAUUGGAGAACUCAUACGGGAGAGAAACCCUUUGGAUGUACUGAAUGUGGAAAAGCCUUUAGCCAAAAAUCUCAGCUCAUUAUACACUUGAGAAGUCAUACAGGAGAGCGACCCUUUGAGUGUCCAGAAUGUGGAAAAGCCUUCAGAGAAAAGUCAACCGUCAUCAUACAUUACAGGACUCAUACAGGAGAGAAACCUUAUGAAUGUAAUGAAUGUGGAAAAGCCUUCACUCAGAAGUCAAACCUCAUUGUCCAUCAGAAAACCCACACGGGUGAGAAAACUUACGAAUGCACUAAAUGUGGGGAAUCUUUCAUACAGAAGCUUGAUCUAAUUAUACAUCAUAGUACUCAUACAGGAAAGAAACCCCAUGAAUGUAAUGAGUGUAAGAAAACUUUCAGUGAUAAGUCAACUCUCAUUAUACAUCAAAGAACUCAUACAGGGGAGAAACCUCAUAAAUGCACUGAAUGCGGGAAGUCUUUCAAUGAGAAGUCAACCCUCAUCGUGCAUCAGCGAACUCAUACAGGAGAGAAACCCUAUGAAUGUGAUGUGUGUGGGAAAACCUUCACCCAAAAAUCAAACCUUGGCGUACAUCAGCGAACGCAUUCAGGAGAGAAACCUUUUGAAUGUAAUGAAUGUGAGAAAGCAUUCUCUCAGAAAUCCUAUCUCAUGCUCCACCAGAGGGGUCAUACAGGAGAGAAGCCCUAUGAAUGCAGUGAAUGUGAAAAAGCAUUUUCCCAGAAAUCAUACCUCAUUAUACAUCAAAGAACUCAUACGGAAGAAAAACCCUAUAAAUGUAACGAAUGUGGCAAAGCCUUCAGAGAAAAGUCCAAGCUCAUUAUACAUCAGAGAAUUCACACAGGAGAGAAACCCUAUGAAUGUCCCGUAUGUUGGAAAGCUUUUAGCCAAAAGUCCCAGCUCAUAAUACAUCAGCGAACACACACAGGAGAGAAACCCUACGCGUGCUCUGUGUGUGGCAAAGCCUUCAGAGAAAAAUCCACAUUCACUGUACACCAGAGAACUCAUACCGGAGAGAAACCCUAUAAGUGUGCAGAGUGUGGGAAGGCCUUUACCCAAAAAUCAAACCUGAUUGUACAUCAGAGAACACACACGGGAAAGAAGGCCCACGGGAAGGGCCACAGCCGGAAGUCAAAGCUCAUUGCACAUUAG